AUGGAGAAGCAGAGAUCAAACAAAGAAGCAGAGAACAAGGAUAAGGCUAAGCAUCAGACCAAAAAGCUUGUCGGGCGGGAAACAGACAUCGGAGCGGCUGAACGGGUGACACUGGACCACAUGGAAGAAGGGAGGCUGCCCUUCAUUUGCCGCAAAUCUUUCUCUGCUACUAGACCUCCGACCGCACCGAACAUCUGCAGCAGCGAGGCAGGAUCAUUAAUCGAUCGAUUUGUUCUGGUGUCUGCACUGCAUGAGCUCACCGAAGAUGGCUCAAAGGCUCAAAGCAUCAGGGGCCUCCACAGUUUGCAGAUGAUGAACCCACUCGUUGACGCUGCACUGACAUUUCCAGUCACUUCAGCUUACUCUGCAGAAGAUGUAGAAGAAGAAAGGACCAUCACUAGGUCGUAUUGGGAUUGGGUUAAUGGGUGUGAGCCCCUCCUAAGUAAAUCUCCCCUUCUCUCGAUUAUAUCCCGAUUGCAGAAAAACAAUAAUCAAUGGAUUGAUAGAACAGUGGAUGGUGGUGGAAUGAGAGAGAGAGAGAGAGACAGAGAGAUGGAUGCCUAA